GUACAGAGAUAUAUCAGCUGUAUCGUCGUAUCUGAUCUUUUUUUUUAUUUUGCAUACAUCUAAUCGCAAACGUUGUURCAGAGAAAUAGAAAGUUUUUACUUUAGUAUAAACGAAUACAGUAUAACUGCCUGAAAGAUUUCCCUUUUUACUUCUUAAUAAGUGCUCUGUUUCUCAGUCUCCGACAACGUUUUUGUAAUGGAAUGAAUAUUCAAUUCAUCUUUUUUUCAAUUCAUUCUUUGUGCUUGUAUUCUAUUACUUCUUUUAUACUUUAUUCGUAUUAACGAUGAACAACACAUAAGAAAUUAUGAAAUAUUCUGCUUGCGUGAAUUAAGCGUGAAGUUCAAAGUCGAUAAUAAACAAUUUCCAUUUCUUUUUUCCUAGGUAAACGUUUCCUGCUAUUCAUGAAAUAGAAAAAGAUAAAAAUCAUCAGUAUGCAAGACGAUGAAGGRUCUAUAAACRCCUCAAGAAAGCGAGAGGAAAAUGUAGAAACAACUGAUGGCUCURUCGAAAGCCUCUCUGAAUUCGCAGGAAAYACSUCGCUMCACGGCGUCCGAUUUCUAAGUCAACAGAGUACCGUACAAAAACUCUUCUGGSUMUGCUGCAUCUUAGCAGCAGCUUCCUACUGYGUGGUCCAGCUKACAGAGUCGGUCCAAUUCUUCCUAAAGCGACCUUAUGCWACGGUUAUAACCACGAAGCAAAARCAAGUCAUCGAAUUCCCUGCAGUUACAAUCUGUAACCUUAACCUUGUGAACACAAGGAAAUACUCUGAGCAGAUCAARAAGCGCUUUCCUAAUGUCACAGAUGUGGAGAUUCAGUCCGAUUUGUUCUACCUAUCAGCGUUCUUCASCGCGUUUGCUGARGCWCAGGCUAACCCUGCAUCGAUCACAUCUCCAAGGAACUUCACAGCUCAAGAGCUUGCCAGCGCGGUUAGAUUCGGUUCCUUGUUAAAUGAUCUUAAGAAAAUUUCCUACGAAAUUGAGGACAUAUUACUCCCCUCACAAAUGCGGCCAUGCGUACUAAGCAAGUAUAGUUGCAAUAAAAAGAACUUUAUACCGUAUUACAUAUCCAAGUAUGGUACAUGCUUCACUUUCAAGCCUCCAGUUGAGAGAGUCAGCGUUAUUGGUUGGGCUGCUGGAUUGAGAAUGAGGUUGAACGUGGAAGUGGACAGCUAUUUGAGGAACUCUUUUGAACCGUUUGUUGGGCUUAAAAUWCUCGUGCAUUCCCCUGAUGAGUAUCCUUUGGUAGAGGAUAAAGGUUUCGUUGUGGCUCCUGGGACACAUACAUCGUGCAGUGUUCGACGUAAAGAGAUUCAAAGUCUUCCUUAUCCCUAUGAGACAAACUGCGGAGAACAAACAGUUGAUCUUCUCAAGGACACCAAGUACAAAUACAGUCGCUCAGCUUGCGUUAAGCAAUGUCUGCUCAAAGCUAUAAUACAAACAUGCAAUUGUACAGUCAACACGCAACUUGAACAGAAUUCUUAUCCAUUAUGUGUUCAACAAAGUAACGCCGUAUGCAUUUCAUCAUUAUUAGCUAAACUAGGGACAUYGUCCAAAUACCURGCAUGCCAAAACAGCUGCCAGGAAGCWUGUCGUUAYAGCGAGUACGAGUACCAWCUGUCAACAAGYCGUUUGAGCGAGAAGACCUUAGUGUUCGACGCCAACGUCUUUUGCCAGAAAGACACACAGAACUCAUCACUGUGCAAAGCYAUUGGCGCCAUGACKGAAGYACAAAAACUCCAGUACUUUAGAGACAACGUCCUUUCUAUCGAUAUAUUCCUUGAAGACUUYAAUUUCCAAGAAAUCAAGCAAGUUCCCGUUUACGAGUUGUUYGCUCUUAUCAGUGGUAUAGGUGGUAAUCUGGGGUUAUUUCUGGGUAUGAGUCUACUGACAACUGCCGAGUUCCUCGACUACAUUGCCAGGUCAUUUUGGUUUAAAUUGCGACCACCUUGUAGAAAGAGAAGAGUCGUAGAACAGCAGCCCAGCAGCGAGAACAAGCCUGUCGCGUCUGGUGACGUGUUUCAGCCAGAGAUUUUUUGCAUACAUACAAGAACUUAAASUUUAUGGAUAAACCCUCUUUAACACCUACAGACCGUACAGACAAAUAUUCACUGGUAUCUGCAACCCCUCCACACUCGUUCGUCUUGCUUCGAUGGAAAGGCACGGCUACUUUUAAAGAUGGCGCAGGGAACCGUGAAGGAGACUAUUCGCAUAAUUUAAUUUUUCUAGAGUGAAAACAUUGAAACAAUAGUCAUGCUGUUUCACGUCUCUAGUAUUUUGCACUCUCUUUGUGAAUAUAGUAUUUAUAGUCUACAUUACUGAAACCUCUUCAAACCGAACUCAUCGAUUUGACGAACUGUAUUGCAAGUCUUGGAAAGAGAACUCUAUAUAGCACCACCUCUAUAAUCCGAAYGUUUCUAUAUAUCAUGACCACCUUUAUGUUAGGGGUUUCGUGGUUUYGAAACGUCUGUAUUGCAUUACUUUAUCUAUAAAAGGCAAACUCUUCUAAACCACAUCCACGCCUCUUUUAUA